AUGGUUUUUUUAGUUAAAGAUGAGAAACCUGAACCAGCUCAAAAUACACCAAAUUCUGAAAUAGAAAAAGCAAUGGAAGCUACACUUAUGGCAUUUGACGGAAAAUCUGAAGACAAAAAGAAAAUUAAGGUUGAGGAACCGAAGAAAGAAGAGCCUGAGGAUGAGCAGGAAAUUAAUUUGAAGAAACGCCAAAUUGAAAUUUUUAGAGAAAUGCUUCAAGAAAAGGCUAAUGACCGUCGUAUAAAUACAAACAUGAGUUGGGAACAAGCUAGUAAAUAUAUUCAACAUGAUGUUCGUUUUAAAAUAUUACCCAAAGUUUCCGAGAAAAAACAAAUUUUCAGUGCAUGGAAGAUUCAGAGAUCAAAAGAUGAAAGGCAUGAACGAAGAACAGCAAUUAAAAAAGCUAAAGAAAAUUUGGAAGAAUGGUUAAUGUCAAAUGUAAGAAUGAAGCCAACCCUAAGAUAUCAUAAAGCUGAAAAAUAUUUUGCUGAUGAGCAUUUAUGGAGAGCUGUAUCAGAUGUUGAAAGAAGAGAAAUUUUUGAUGAUGUUAAAAAAGCAAUAAUAAAAUUGGAUGCUGAACAGAAAAAAGUGACAAAAGAAAGAAAUAUAAAAACUUUGGGUGAUAUUUUGGAAGGAAUGGAUGCUAUAGAUCAUACAACAACUUGGGCACAAGCACAGAGAAUUUUGAUUGAAAAUCCGGAUUUUGCUAGAGAUACAAUUUUACAAGGUAUGGAUAAAGAAGAUGCUUUAAUUGUUUUUCAAAAUCAUAUAAAAUCUGCUGAAGGUCAUUAUUUAAAAGAAAAGCAAAAUGAAGCGCUUAGAAUAAAAAGAAGUGAACGCAAAACACGUGAACAAUUUAUUCAAUUUUUAUCGGAAUUGUUUGAAAGAGGAUUGAUAACACCAACAAGUACAUGGGCAUCCUUAUACCCAACAAUUUCUGCAGAUCGCCGUUUCGAAAAUAUGUUAUUAACAACUGGUUCAACAUCAUUAGAUUUAUUUAAAUUUUAUGUAGAAGAUUUAAAAAAUCAAUUUUACACUGAUAAAAAAAUUGUUAAAGAAAUUUUGGUUCAAAAAGAAAUUGUUUUGAAAGAUUCUGUGGCUUUUGAUCAUUUUCAACAAUGGAUUAGAGAACAUCCUAAAGGAAAGAAAAUUUCUACAAACAGUUUAAAAUUUUGUUAUUAUUCUUUGUGUGAUAAAGCUAUUGAAAAGGUGAAGGAAAGUGAACGGGAAAUGGAUAAAAAGAAAAAGAAAUUGGAAGAAUCCUUUAUUAGUCUGCUCCAAUCAAUUACUCCACCAAUAGAACCAGAAGCUGAAUGGGAACAAAUUUUAGAAUUAAUAAAAGAUGAAGAACAAUAUAAAGCUAUAGAAGAUGACCAAUUAAAAGAACAAAUAUUUAAUUUUUAUAUAAGGUCAAUACAAGAAGCUUGUGGACAUUUUCAUGGGCCAACAAAAGCAAAUAGUACUACUACAUCCUCAUCUAAAAAGAAGAAAGAAAAAAAGAAGAAGAAAAGAAAGAGUGAAGAGGAUCAUGAAGAUGAUCGUGAACGUAAACCAAAAAAAUCUAAAAAGAAAAAGAAAGAAUCAAGUUCAGAUGAAGAAUGAAAAUUUAAAAUGUU